AUGUAUUUCGAAAAUAAAGUAGUGUUGAUUACUGGUGCUAGUUCUGGUAUUGGAGCUGAAAUAGCAUUGCACUUUGCAAAGCAAUCUGCCAAACUAGCAUUGGUGGGAAGAAAUAACUUUGAAAGUGUUGCUUCAAUUUGUGAAAAAGAGAAAGGUGUAAAGCCAAUUAAAAUAGUUGCUGAUAUGACAAAGGAAGGUGAUGUAGAAAGAAUUAUUAAAGAAACAGUAUACCAUUUCGCAAGACUAGAUGUACUUAUUAACAAUGCUGGAAUAUCUUUAAUCGGAGGUAUUAAAGAUAAAAGCCUGGAUAUAUAUGACAAAAUUAUGUCAGUUAAUUUAAGAUCAGUAUAUCAAUUAACAUUCCUCGCUGCUCCCUAUCUUAUAGCAACUAAGGGAUCUAUUGUGAACAUUUCCAGCAUUGCUAGUAGCCAACCAUUCAGUGAUAUGACCGAGUACUGCAUGUCGAAGGCUGCUUUAGAUAUGUUUACCAAAUGUGUUGCCUUAGAUUUAGCUCAACAUGGAGUUCGAGUAAAUACUGUAAAUCCAGGUUUAGUGAAAACUAAUAUAAUAAAUAUUCUCUUUCCUGAAAGUGAUAAAGCAGAAAAGUUUACAAAGGAUGUUAUGGAAUCCACACCAUUGAAAAGACUUACUGAAGCAUACGAUGUUGCUACAUUGGUCAGUUUUCUUGCAAGUGAUAAAGCAAAGAGCAUAACGGGAUGUUGCUACCCAGUGGAUGGUGGAAAACUUUUGGUUUAG